CGCGCCCACCGCCGCCGCCAUCGAACACGACAAGGCGGACGCGCGAUGACCCCGCCCGCCUCUCCUACGUACAAACCGCGCCACCGCACCCUUGCGCGCUACGCGACCGCCUGUCACGACCUGCGACUCGCUGUCGUGUCCCCGACGUGCUUCGUCACCGCGAUGUACCGCCUGCCACCACCCUCUCGUGAGUCGUCCCCGUCCCCUCGUCCCUCUGUGCGUCGUGCCCGCACCGCUACUGUCCCGUCCGCGCGCCCCCUCCACCCUCUACGCGCCGUGACGCGGCCUUGCCCCGCGCCCGCACCUCUCUCUUCCUCCCAUCGCCUUCCCUGCGUCACUCCCGCCAUCCUCACUGCUGUCUCCGCACCUCUCCCGUCCUCCUAUGCACCAACGCCAUCGUGCACCGUUCAUAUGUCCGCGCCCACCGCCGCCGCCCUUGGACACGACAAAGCGGACACGCGACGGUCGCGGCGCCGCUCGCCUCUCCCAUGUGUCGCGUGCUGCGCGGCCGCCGGUGACGACUCGCUGUCGUGUCCCCGCCGCGCUCCGUCACCACGACGUGCGGCCCUCUGUCCCGUCUCCGUGUCCCUCUGUGAGUUGUGCCAUCAUUGCUACUGACCUGCCCGCGUCCUCACCGCUACUGACGCGCUUGUGCCCCCCCUCCACCCUCUGCGUGCUGCUACGCGGUCUUGUUCCACGCCCGCACCUCUCCCUUCCACUAUCUCCCCCGCGUCGCCCCCA